UAAAGAUGGCCGACUUAGUGAUGUCUGGCAAUAUUACAAAAACGUAAAUGUAAGAGGACAUUUGAAGUUGUUUAAAGAGUCAAUCACCUUAUAUUUCAAGAAGCAGCGUUGGGGUUGUUUUGAAGUUUCUCGCUAAUCAGCUAUAAGAGUUAGCAUGGCUGAUGUGACGACGUGGGUUUCCGACAAAUUGCACGAUGUGUUGGGUUUUUCUGAUAAGUACACGGUGGAAUUCCUGAUUGGACUUGCCAAAAAUUCCUCUAGUGUUGAAUCUCUCGUACAAAAAGUGUCAGAAGUAGACAACAAGAUGGCUUCACUUGCUCAGGAGCUGUGGUCGAAGCUACCACAUAAGACACAGCCAGUUGAACACCCGUACAGGGCGAAGGAAAGAGCUAUUCUUGAAGAGAGAAAGAAGUUUCAGGGUUAUGCAUUGGUGUCUGAUGACGAAGAAGAAGAAGAAAUGAACAAAGCUAAGGCAUCUCAGAAAGAUAGGAAACGGAAGCAUCUGCGGCGGAAAACAGAAUCGUCUAGCUCUGAUGAAGACUCUCCUGCUGUUGAUUCACGAGUUUCAAAGGACGUUGGUAAAGAGUCUGAAUCAGAUGAGUGGGAAAAGGAAGAAGAGGAAAGGAAGAGAGACUUGGAAGAGAGGGAUGCCUUAGCUGAUAGACUGAAGAAACGUGAUAAGGAAAAGACUAGGAAUAUAAUGGAGAGAUCAGACAAGAAGGCUUUUAAGGAGGCAGCCAAAAGACUUAAAGUGGAUGAGGAGGACAGAAAGAAAAUGGUUCCUGAUUUAAGGAAAAAGUCUCGCCGAGAUUAUGUUAAAAAACGGCGGGUGGACAAGCUUGAAAUGCUUCAAGAGGACAUUCUUGAUGAUGAAUACUUGUUUGAGGAUGCUCAGAUUUCAAAAAGAGAGAAACAGGAUCGAGAAUAUAAGAAAAAGGUUUACCAUUUAGCAGUAGAGCAUGCCAAGGCUGGAGAAUUGGAAAAAGUACAGAGAUACGAAAUGCCACAGGAAAAUCAGAAGCCUGCCAAAUAUGAUGAAACCACAGUGGAGGAACUGGGACCUAAUUAUGAGCAGAAGAAAUGGGAGGAGGACAAACUUGGUUAUGCUGUCAUGAAAUUUGGUGCUAAAGAUGCAAGGGACAAGAACAAGAAAAAGGAUUAUGAUCUUGUUGUGGAUGAAGAUCAGAUUAAUUUUGUAAUGGCUGAACAGAUUCCUGGGACAAAAGAGAAGCAGGAACCAGAGAUGAAUGACUAUCAGAAGAAAAGAUUAACAAUUGAAGAGACUAAAAAAAGUUUACCAGUUUAUCCAUAUAGAGAGAGCCUUAUCCAAGCCAUCAGAGAUCAUCAGGUUAUUAUUAUCGAAGGAGAGACAGGUUCAGGAAAGACCACUCAAAUUCCGCAAUUCCUUCAUGAAGCACUUGUUUAUCCAUAUAGAGAGAGCCUUAUCCAAGCCAUCAGAGAUCAUCAGGUUAUUAUUAUCGAAGGAGAGACAGGCUCAGGAAAGACCACUCAAAUUCCACAAUACCUUCAUGAAGCAGGUUUUACCAAGGGUAAGAUGAAAAUUGGGUGUACUCAGCCUCGACGAGUUGCAGCAAUGAGCGUCGCAGCAAGAGUAUCUGAAGAGAUGGGUACAAAACUAGGAAAUGAGGUUGGAUACAGUAUCCGUUUCGAAGAUUGCUGUUCAGAGCGAACCAUAAUAAAGGUUGUUUUAGCCACCAAUAUCGCCGAGACGUCGCUAACCAUUGAUGGCAUUAUCUAUGUUAUUGAUCCUGGAUUUUGUAAACAGAAGAGUUACAACCCUCGCACAGGGAUGGAGUCACUAGUGGUGACACCCAUUUCAAAAGCAUCAGCCAAUCAAAGAGCAGGUCGUGCGGGUCGCGUGGCAGCAGGCAAGUGUUUCAGAUUUGUUCUGAUCAUUGACGAAGCUCACGAACGAACCCUCCACACGGAUGUGCUAUUUGGCUUGGUCAAGGACAUUGCUCGAUUCCGAAAAGAUCUUAAACUUCUGAUAUCCAGUGCGACUUUGGAUGCUGACAAGUUUUCCCAGUUCUUUGAUGAUGCACCCAUCUUUAGAAUUCCUGGUCGACGAUUUCCCGUGAAUAUAUAUUACACAAAGGCUCCAGAAGCUGAUUAUCUUGAAGCCACGGUGGUGACUGUGUUACAGAUACACGUGACCCAACCCCCAGGGGACAUCCUGGUGUUUUUGACCGGCCAGGAGGAAAUCGAAACGUCACAGGAGUUGUUACAAGAACGCACGCGCAAACUGGGCUCCAAAAUCAAGGAGCUGAUCAUUCUUCCCAUCUACGCUAAUCUUCCAUCUGAUUUGCAAGCCAAGAUAUUCGAGCCCACUCCUCCUGGGGGAAGAAAAGUUGUUUUAGCCACCAAUAUCGCCGAGACGUCGCUAACCAUUGAUGGCAUUAUCUAUGUUAUUGAUCCUGGAUUUUGUAAACAGAAGAGUUACAACCCACGCACAGGAAUGGAGUCACUAGUGGUGACACCCAUUUCAAAAGCAUCAGCCAAUCAAAGAGCAGGUCGUGCGGGUCGCGUGGCAGCAGGCAAGUGUUUCAGAUUGUACACAGCAUGGGCGUACAAGAACGAACUGGAGGAUAAUACCAUCCCCGAGAUCCAGAGAACUAACUUGGGAAAUGUAGUUCUACUUCUGAAGAGCCUGGGUAUCAACGAUUUGAUUCAUUUUGAUUUCAUGGAUCCCCCUCCGGCUGAGACCCUUAUCAUUGCCCUCGAGCAGCUGUACGCUCUGGGAGGACUGAACCAUCACGGAGAACUCACAAAGCUUGGACGUCGCAUGGCGGAAUUUCCCGUUGAACCAACGAUGUCUAAAAUGUUGAUUGCAUCGGAAAAGUACAAGUGCGUCGAACAGAUUCUUACCAUCACUGCCAUGUUAUCGGUGAACAACGCCAUUUUCUAUCGCCCCAAGGAUAAAGUCGUACAUGCGGACAACGCGCGCGUAAACUUCUUUCGUCCAGGAGGUGAUCACCUGACAUUGUUGAACGUGUACGAUCAGUGGGUGGAGACUGGGUACUCCACUCAAUGGUGCUACGAGAAUUUCUUACAGCAUCGCUCUAUGAAGAGAGCACGUGACGUUAGAGAGCAGCUAGAGGGACUGAUGGAGAGAGUAGAGAUUGAAAUUUCGUCGAACCCAAAUGAUUCUGUUCCUAUAAGAAAGGCCAUCACAUCAGGUUACUUUUAUCACACUGCCAGGCUAAGCAAGAGUGGUCAGUACAGGACAGUAAAACAUCAGCAGACAGUCAUGAUUCACCCGAACAGCAGUCUUUUCCAGGACCAGCCCAGAUGGGUGAUCUACCACGAGCUUGUGUUCACUACAAAGGAGUUCAUGAGACAGAUCAUAGAGAUUGAAAACAAAUGGCUGUUGGAGGUAGCACCUCACUAUUACAAAGCCAAGGAGCUAGAAGACAGCUCCAGUAAGAAAAUGCCCAAGACGGCGGGAGUCACAAGAGAGCAAGCUAGGUCGACGACGUGAAUUUGGGUUGCAUGACUAGUAACAUGUUGUGUCACGCUAGCAUCGAUUUAGUUCUGGCUUGAGUCGAACCCUGGACUUGUUAAUUACUGUAAUGAACUUAAGACGAUCUUGUGUCUUCUGACAUUGUUUCGUUUCGUAAAGGAUGUACGUCGUUGUAGUCGGGAUUUGAUGGGAAAAAUCCCUAGAACAAGAGUAUCAUAAAAGACUGUUUUGCUCUCAAUGAAAAAAGGAAGGGCGAAGCACGUGUACAACAAUAAAAGGAAACGUUAACUCCAGAAUACCAUGAAACUUUGAGCAAAAUAAAGACCAUGGCCCAGUUUUUCAAAGAGCAGAUAACGCCAUCUAAUGGAAGAAUGGCCACCCAGCGGAUGUGCUAAUGAAACGUACUGUGGUGUUAUCUACUGCAUAGGAAUUCAUCCACUGGAUAGUGUUAUCAACCCUACGAACAACCGAGUCCACUGGUCUUCAUGCCAGAGGGACUUUUGUAAGAGAUAUCUUAGGCUUCGAUUAAAAAGGAAAAAUAAAAAAUCAGCGAAGUAAGGUUAAAACACCUUCUUGGCAGUUGAUGUAGGUGUGUUAAAAGCGUGCCUUGAGUGCUUCUCGUUGAAGAAUCAAAACCGCUACUGGUGAAUACUGCCCCUAAACGCAGUAAUUAUUUUCAACACCAAGAAACUAAUUGUUCUCAUCACCCUUUCAUAUCUGGAAAGAGGUCUUCCUUCGAGUAUAGAGACCUCGUGCAUAGGUUAUUUAAACGCAAGUUAACCUUUGUCAAUCAAAAGACACGUUAUAAUCCGUCUUUGCUUUAGCCAGACAUUUAUGUCAACGUAGCUUUUGGUGAAGUGUAUCAAGAGGGCCCCGAGCUGAGAAAUUGAUUGUCAAAAACUACGAUGUUCAUUAGACCUCGUUCAAAAACCCCCUUUUGGGUUUGAAUUAAACACGUUCGCUGAAAUUUCACUGUGAAAUGUAAUGCUUAAAAGCAUUGGUAUCCAAAGGAUCGAUAAACGGUCUUAAGCUAUUCACUUGUCCAAUUUUUAGAAUUGGAAACUUUAGUAGCUACUUUUGUUUUAAUUUUUUUGUGCGUGAUAGGUCUCUAUGGAAGGGAGUUCUCAAGCGUAUGGAAGGGAAGUGGAGAGUAAUAGAGUGUAAUAUUUUUCAACGAUCCUGUGAUAAAAUAUUUGUAGCGAUUAAUACAAAUAGGCUCCAGAUUUUAGUAAUACACACACUGCUGAUGCUACAUAUUAUAACAAUUGUGCGUGAAUUUCGAACAUUAAUUGGGCAAGUCAGUACAAGAAUUAAAAAAAUUCAUCUUUUAA